ACAGAAGGGAUGUUACAACUGAGGAAUUCCAACCUAACAGCUGUCCGAGACAUUGUCGAUGGUGUACCUAAUAAUGUAGAAGAUUUUGGGAUUGAAGAAGAAGGGCCAGUUCCUACUUCACAUCCUGAUUUAGUGAGUGUUCCACAGUCCACUGUAGAAGUAUCCUAUGAGCAAGAGACAGCAAUUCAACAAGCAAUCGCUGCAGUACCCCUGGAUGAAAAUGGAAUUACUUCGUAUCUUACAGCACUUUCGGCAUUUGAGAGGUUAAUUGAGUAA